AUGAGUGCCCCAGAGCCUUGGAGAAGAACUGGAAGGAAAGCAGCCAAUGACCAUUGGCUGGGUCUUGAGAGGCUGACCCUAAUCGAAGUGUCUCUCUAUGAUGAUGGCGGGAGACAACAAGGAAGAGGCCUCAUCCAGCUUCAGGAACGGGGGACUGAGGUGCAACCCGGUGAAGGUCAGACGUGGCUGAGUCGCUUUGUUGGAGUUGAAGAUGGGUACUAUGAAUGGUGGGUCAACACCACCUUUCCUACCAAAGUGGUGCCGCUUCAUUUCUGCCAACGCCAAGCGCAUCAUUGCUCUGACACCACGGUUUACCGUGAUCCUAUACAUGUGGAUGUAUUUCGCAUCCUUCCGGGACGGAGCUAUGAGUCUCUGAAUUGGCUGAAGGGAGUGAAGAGAGACGAGGCUGAGAAGCUGAUUGACUUCAGCAACAUUGUGGUUCCUGGUGGUGGGGGCGCUGGCUCUGGGGUUCCUGGAGAUGGCAACCCCCCGCCGGGGCCACGCGAGGAUGUGCAGACGGGCGCUGAAGGCAUAGAUGGGCUUGCUGCAGCCUUAGGCAGCCAGGGUGGAGCGGCACCAGGAGGCGACAGACCAGUGGCCAAGGCCGACGCUAGGGGAGGAGAGAGACCCCGUGAAGAGAAGGAGGAGAAGGGCGCCAGCCCCAAGGCGAGUGGACUUCAAGGCGUGAUUGCUCAGCGUGUGGCGCCUGAACCUGCAGACAGCGCCCUCAAGAUAAGAAAUGCUAAUGCCUCAAAGAAGAAAAAGAAGGAUAAGAAAAGAGCCAAGAGGCAGGCUGAAAAAGAACGGAGGAGAGCCCGGAAGGGAGAGGAAAGGAAAGCCGAUGAUUCAAGUGAUGAGUCUUCUUCAACAACCAGUUCUUCUUCGGACUCGCUUUUUCGCCUAGCCGCCCUGCCACAGGGGACAGACCGUCUCCAUCGGCUCCAUCAGGAAAGACCUGGGGUGUUGGCCAAUCUGACAUUGCGCCGAUUCCAGGAAUUGCUGGAGAGGUCGACAGGCGGGGGAACGGCGGUGAAGGACCAGGAGAUGCCACCGGUCGCAAGGGCUUACCUAAGCCAGAUUUACCUUCCUCGUCAUCCAGAAGGCACCAUAGGACUGAGGAACCUUCGAGAGUUGCGAACACUGACAACCUUGGUCGACAUGAUAGCUCAAAACGAUCUGCUGCGGGCUCUGGACGUGGCAGUGCAGAGGAUCAAGUCGAUUGAGCUGUUUGUGGCUCAAGGUCAAUGGGGGCAGGCCAACCUGAUCGAGCUGAUCGUGCCCGAGGAAGAGCAGCGGGCAUGGUUCCGUCAAGAAUUGAAGGCGGCUCAGCAGGAGCAGAGGAGCGACCUGCGAUUGCAGCAGGAUCAGUGGCCGCGGAGGAGGCGCCGAGAAAAAGGAAGGCGAGACAAAAGACGACACACCACCCUCGAAUGGGGGGAGCCCCGGAAAGGGGAAGAAAGGAAGAGGCAAAGGCAAGAAGGGCCGCGGGAAGUGGUGAAUGAAGAUGCUGCGGCCAAUGAGUUGGGCUAUCGGGCACUAGAGCAAGCCAUGAAGGAGAGUCAGAUUCAUGAAUCAACUCGAAGCAAGGUGAGGGAGUUUAUGAAAGACCCCGAGAUUGUGGAGUUGUUCACCUUGGUGAAAGGAGCGCUAGAGAAAUCUCCCCAUUGGAGUGAAGUUGAAUACACUUUCUUUGAGACAGUGGCGGAUGUUGCUGGAGACCCAGUUGAGGAAGUGAAAGAAAAACUGAAGGCUGGUGCACGCUUCUUGUUGGAGGAGCGUAUGCCGGAUGGUGAGAGUGGUCUCUGCAGCCUUUUGGGGGUUCGCGGCCCUCUGGUUGGGGAUGAUCCUCGAUCAGGGGAAGGCGAGCUCCUGAAGGUUGUGCAAGGGAUCGAAAUCCGGACGGCCAGCGUGGAUUGGAAAAGAGAGGAUGGUGUGUACAUUGGACGCCCAUGCAAAGAGUAUGGCGCGACGAUUUACCACCGAGAUUUUGUGGGACAAUUGGACCGGGAGCUGGUGAAGAGCUCUUUGGAAGGGCAGUGCCUGUAUGUGCGGCGUGAUGACCUUGCGCAUGCUGAAUGGUUGAUCAAUCACUUUGGGCUGCAGGCAGCACCGAGGUUGUCUAUAUCUGGUUGGAAGCAGAUGUGGAGGCGAGGUUGCAGUCGAGGAAUGUCGUUGAGUAUGACAGGCGUGGUGCUGAAGGUGUGCAUUCAGUGUCGCCCUGGUGAGCUGGGCAACUUUGUUAGGGCCCUGGCUUGCUGUGCUCUGGAGGCUUUUCAGCGAAAUUCCGUGGAGCUGCUGCCUCUUCCACUUCCAACUUUGGAUGACCCAGGAAAGGCCCUGGAAUUGGCGGUGAAGAAGUGCUUGUCGGAACCGGAGCAUGAUGAUGCAAGAGAGUGGGAGAGACUGAACGUGGAGGUGAAGAAAAUUGGCUGCCACGCAUGGAGCUGGCUUCAAGUCAUGGUGGUAAACUUCCUGUACUGCCAGGGAACGGGAGGUCGGAUGAUUACCGAUGGGAUGUUGCAUGGAAGGAAGCCAACUGCGGCUCAACAAGCGUCUUUAGCCAAGGUGACAGCUUGGUCAGAGAGAUGGAUAGCAAAUGAGGAUGAUGAAGGAAUCAAGGCGGACACAUGGGAAAACGUGGCUGAAGCACUCGGUGAUUUGUACACCGGGCCAUCAGUUGGUAAAUCAUACCCUUUGACUUUGGAGGCAAUUUUGCCGACCACGCCGGGGGCUGGUGAUGCUGCGCGAAUCCCGUUGGCGGAUGUGGUGAGCCCAGGGGUUCAAGAAUAUGUGAAUCACCCUGACCUUUUGCGCAUUCCCGAUGAGGAGUUGGUGGCGCCCAGGAUCUCAGCUGCAGUCCAAGUGGAGUCGCAGGAAGAAUGGAACAAGGUGGUGGCCCACCUGGUGGCGGCAGGUAUGCUGGAACGAGAAGUCCCGAGUGAGACCUUGCGGUACAAGGAUGAAGCUGUGAGGAAUGGGGCUUUUGGAGUUCACAAAAAGUGGGUUCUGAAAGAAGAUGGCAGCUGGUUGAGGACCCUCCGCUUGAUCAUAAACAUGAUCCCUGGCAACAGUUUUCAGAGGAGAAUGCCCAUCAGAGCUUGUGAACGAAUGGGGUACGCUCCUCUGUGGGGCAACUUGUACCUACACGAUGACGAGAUCAUCAUUUGCGCAGCAGAAGAUCAGAAGCACUGCUUUCACAUUUACAGGCCCGGAUAUGCCUGGCGGAGCUUUUUCAGCCUAAACCGGAAAGCAGCCGGCUGGGCUUUUGGAGAUGGAGAUUCUAGCGCAAGCUACCCGCGGGUCAAGAGCGCACCAAUGGGUUGGAACAAUGUGGUCGACUUUAUCCAGGAUGGAUUUGAGAACAUUGCCAGGGAGGCGGGGCUCAGUCCAUCUCAAAUGGUGAAGAUGGGGGAGCCAAGUCCAAUGCUUUCCCUCGAGACUCCCCGCAGCUUCUUUUCCUUUUAUGUCGACAACUUCGACCAGCUGACCAUGGUGUGGCGCACAGAUCGUGGCCUGUAUGAAGGGCAACCAACAAGUGAGCAAUUGCUGUUGCGUGAGAAAAUGGAGGAGUUGACAGUCGGACGUGAUCCCAAGAAGGCUGCCGAAGGUACAAUCACUUGGACGACGUUGGGGGCAGAGGUUGACGGCCAGGCUGGCUGGGUUGGCAGCUCCCUGGAUUUCAGGCGAGCCUUGCUCUCUUCGAACCUUGGGCUGCUGGGCGGGGAGUCGGUCCGUACUGACUCACUCAACCUGCAGUCUGUGGUUUCGAAGAACAUGCAUAGCGUGCAAUACUGCCGGCCCUUGACGUGCCUGUUUGACCAUCUGUAUGCUGACUUGAACAGGGCGGUGCCUCGGUUUGUUUCGCAAGAGGCCAUGGAUGAGCUUCUGCUGCUGACAGCCGGGCUGCCAAUGCACUGGAUGGACCUGAGGCUGAAGGUGUCUGGGCAGGUGUAUGCAACCGAUGCCAGUUUGGAAGGUGGAGGUGCCUGUGUCAGCACUGGCCUCAGCCCGUGGGGGCUGUCGAGGUUGCAGGGCCUGUCGCAUGAGGCUGAAGGUCUUGAGGGGCAAGCUACUCGCAAGAUGGUGGUAGUGGAGAUGUUUGCAGGUAUGGGCGGCUUGAAGCAGGCCCUGGAGCUCCUAGGAGUUGAGCCCAUGGGCGUCGUGGCCGUGGAUACGUCGGCAGAAUGCAUGAGAGUGUAUCGUCAACACUGUCGGCACUGCAUCUGGGUGAAAGAUGCGCUCUCCAUCACCAAGGCAGAUGUCCUGGAAUGGCGAAGACGUUUUGCCAGGGCAGAAGAAGUUUUGCUGGGUGGAGGCUGGCCUUGCAUCAACCACUCUGCUUUGAAUGUGAACCGUAGAGGAGCAGAUGGAGCGAGCAGCCAGCUCUUGGAUACAAUGCUCCAAGUGCGAACGUGGCUGAUGGAAGCCUCUCAGGAGCUGAACCUCAAGCCUUGGAAGGUGAUCGAGUUCUAUGAAAAUGUCGUCAUGGAUGAUGAAGAUUAUGCCAUUCAAACUCGGAAGAUCGGAUUCCCGGCCUACUUCCUGGAAGCAGCCCAAGUGGGUCGAUGCCGCCGACCGCGGCUCUACUGGAUGAAGAAUGUGGAGAUAAUACCUGGUGUGGACGUCCGAGUGGUCAGGAACGUUCCUAUGCGAGGGCACAACUAUGAGGUCAAUGAAGUGGAUGUUGACACAGAAAGGCCUCCAAUGAGCUGGUUCUUGAACUCCGAUGCCGUUAAGAUGGCGGACGUGGAGGAUGCCUUUGCAACCGUCACCAGGCCAACUGCCAGAUCGCAACCAGCACCAUCUCCAGCUGGUCUGGAGCAGGCCACAGAGCAGGCCAAAAAGCGUUGGAAGGGAGAUGCUUAUCGUCUGCAGCCUUACCAAUAUGAGGCUCGCAACCUGGUCAAGGACCGGAAUGGGCCACGGCGGCCGCUGCCAGAGGAGCAACUCCGGAUGAUGGGCUUUGCCUCCAACCAUUUGGCAACAAAAAGUCGGCUGAGUCAGGAUCAGAAGGGUCAGCUGAUCGGCAAUAGCUUUUCGGCCAUCGCAGUGGCCAGGCUUCUGGUUGGAUUAGUUUUAGAAGAGGCAGAUUGUGCCAACACUGAUGUGACGCUCGCCCUUUGGAACGUGUGGAAAACGAAGGAGGACAAAGUGACUGCAGAGGAUCGUCCUUGGAAGGUCCGUUUCAGCUCGGUGGCUGCCGGCACGCCAGGGGCGGUGAGCCUGCGUGAGCAGGUGUUGCCGUCUCCUUUGGUGCUGUUGCGGCCCUGGGUCGAUCCACAGGGUUGGAUGACGGACGAGGAGGCUUUGGCCUAUCUCCUUGCCCGCAAUGGAACCCACCGCAGUGCAGAGAUCCGAGUGGAUUUGGGAACUCCAUUUUCGGUGGGUGAGCUUUGUCGACAAAGCGUCGAUCCAACUCACUGGCUAUGGAAGGUUUUGCUGUCCUAUGAAUGGAAGGAGAAGGGGCAGCACAUCAAUACCCUGGAGCUGGUAGCCAUUUUGGACCUUCUCCGGCGCCAGGGACGUGACGCAAAACACCAGGGUCAUCGCCUCAUUACCCUGGUGGACAACAUGGUGGCUCUGUCCUGCCUCUCCAAGGGACGCAGUUCAUCCCGAAGUUUGCAGGCGCCGCUCCGUCGAAUCAGUGCCGUAUGUCUUGCUGCUCACUUUCGACUCUGUUUGGCCUGGGUGAAGAGCAAAUGGAACCCAGCCGAUGGGCCCAGUCGAUGGGCCAAGAAGCGCAGAAUGACUUGA